AUGAAUGAUCUCGAGGAGGAAUGGGGCACCGGGAGGCAGGGGCUGACGCACACCGAGACAUGCAUAUCGCGUCGAGGCGAUUUCACGUCCUGGCAGCCAUCCAAGCCGGAACUUUCCUUGCAUGUUGAAACGUGCAUGGCGGGUGGUGGAACGUUUGAUGUUAGCGACCCUGCCCGAUCUGCUCAGACUACGGGCAUCAAACAGCGCUUGAUGGUGUCCGCGCCAUUGCUGGGUUACUUCAACCACCUAUCCCUUGGCAAAUUUAGCCAGUUCCUUCCUCAAGGCUACUUCUGCUCCAAUAUAUUAACUCACCACAGAGCCAUACUCUCAAGCGACAAGAUGACUGAUAGCGGCAGCUUUAUCAAAGUUCCCAAUGACGAAGAAGAGGCACGCAUGCGAAAGGCAGCAGAGGAAUCCCAGCAAAGGCGCGAGGCAGCAAAGAAGAAGCGAGAAAUGGAAGAGGCGAUGAAGAAGGCAGCCGAGAGCUCACAGCAGCGAAGGAAAGGCGGAGGUUCCUAG